AACCACUCGCCUCCUGACCUCCGAUUGCACGCGCGGCCCUACGUCAUCACUGCUGCGACCGUCGCGUGCACUGAGUUGCUAGGUAGUUUCUGUAGACGGAGUAAAGACAACAGAAGUGAAGGCUGGAACUAUCAUAUUUUUACUGUAACAAAUAAUAAAGGUGGAUGUGGUUUAGCAUUAUCAUUAGAUGAAAUCCGGCUGACAUGCAGAGACAUUUCAUGCUUCUAUAUCGUGCUGCAUUGUGAACCUGUACAUUUUACCCAUGGCUUCAGUGAAACAUAACCAGGAAAAGCAGGCACCCUUUUACCAUGGUUAUGGCAGCAGAAGACAAACGAGCGCAGAGAUAGUGACAGAAGCCCGACAUUCUCUUAGGACUCUUCAGACAAAGCGGCCAUUCACCCCAAGAGAGGAGCAUCGGCAGCUUUUUGGAGGAUCAGCCCGUGCACGUGAUGGAAGGCCACCCUCGUCAUUCAGCCUUCACGCUAGGAAUUUCGAAGCUCCUGAGUCUAGGCCGAGUUCAGGGACCCGCCUCUCUCCUUUGGAACAUAAGCCCAAGUUGCCACUUUCUCUGGAUGAAGGCUACGGUGAAUGUGAAAAAGGUGUGCCCAAACCUCCGGUCGAGCAUAUGGAUUUAAGAGUUUCAGGAAGAGCUCAGAAAAGGCUGGUCAGAGCAAGAUCGCUUACGCUGGUAUCAUCUACGGAUCAACGCUCAAACGUUCCUCAAACCGACAGUGCUCACAAACCCCCCCAAGAGCACAAAGAGCCUCUUUCCAAAGAAAAGACAGCAAGACUCUCGGACACCAGCAGAGCUCCACGGCCCAGCAGUGCUGACUUAUCUCAAGCGAAAAGAACAAACCCAGGUGCUGAUAGAAUCGGAGAUGCGGCAGGAAGUGAUGAAUCCGUCUUCUGGACCUCGGAGGUGUUUCCUGUCCUUGAAACGAUCGAGUCUAUUCCUCCAGGAGAAAUUGCAUCGGAGGAGACUAUUCAGCAACUCUGCGAUGCUUGUUUCCAUCUCCAUAACCUCCUGGCGGAGAAAGGCAUGCUAGGAAAACGUUUUAAGGAAAGGUCCUCGGUUUUGCGGACGCUGUUCCGGCUGAUUGAUGUUGGAUCAGACCAGCUGAACUUAACACUAGCUCAACUCAUCCUUGCACUCGACGUCAGCGGAAACAACCUGCUGAACAUUUGCAAACUCAUAUUUAAAAUAAGCCGGAUUUCCAAAAAUGACUUCCUGUUCCAGGACAGCCCGGUUAUAGAUUCCCUGCUGGCACUGAUGCAGCGUGAGGAUUUUGCCAGCACUGGAGAGGCUGUGCUGUACUGUACGGGCUCCCUGAAGCUCCUGUCAGGAAACAGCACCCUCUCCAGGUUGCUCCUGGAUAAAGGCUUUAUUGCCGCUUCGCUCAAGCUUUCUCAGAGACUCAUUCAGCUUGCAGACCCUAACAAGUUAGCUGGGCAUGUAAUGGUACAGGUGACGGCAGCUCUGCGAAACAUGGCCGACUUGCCCGAGUCCCGUUCUUCCUUUUCAUCCAAAGAUGUUUUCUCUACGUUGUGCACGGUCAUAGAUCAUCACCAAGAUGACCAGGACGUGUGCCUUAACAUAGCUAGGAUAUUUAGCAAACUGUCCUGCUAUGCCGAGUGCUGCUACACGCUAGCCGAGACAUCGAGCUGCUACAAGCUAUUUUUAGCCCUGUUGUGCAAACACAGCAGGAAACAGGCGUUGGUGGUCCGUCUUCUGUUCACGGUAGGAAACCUGGCGGCGAGGAGCAACGAAGCCAGAGAGCGAGUGUUCAAGGAGGAAAGAUGCAUAGACGUUCUCUUAGAGCUUUUUCAGAGCUAUCUGCAAAUCAAGAAUCCUGUGCAGGACGACGAGGACGUCCUGAUCAAGCUGAUUCGAGUCUUGGCCAACCUGUCCAUUCACCCCAAUGUAGGCAUGGCGCUGGCAGGGAAUCGGCUGUGUGUGGAGCUACUACUGAAAGUGCUGGAGCUUAGGCCUGUUAAGGAGAGUACAGAGUUAGUACUGAAUGCGACAACCGCCAUCAACAACCUGUCUUACUACCAAGGAGAUGGCUGUGUCGUCCGCGUCCGUCACGCACACGUCUCCGAGCUGUUGCUGAAGCUAUUAUUGAGCUCAAAUAUGGACGCAGUCCUGGAGGCUACACGUGUGUUUGGGAACCUUUCUCAGAUCCAAGAAGUACAGCGCUUUAUCAUCAGUUACAAAGUGCACCGGUUUGUCGUGGCUCUGCUGGACUCGAAGAACCCAGACAUGUGCUAUUCGGCAUGUGGAGUCCUCACCAACCUCGCUGUGGAUCCCAAGAACAGAACCGUAAUAAACCAGGAAGGAGCCAUACACAAGUUAAUUGAUUGUCUGCGAGACUUUGGGCCUCAGGACUGGCUUUUGGCUUCACAGGUGUGUCAGACGCUGUGGAACUGCAUUGAAGAUGGACAGCAGGAGUAUGCACAGGAGCUGCUGGAGAUUAUCUCUCUUUAUUCAAACCAUGAGGCUUUGCAGUGGCCAUCUAUCAAUGACAUAAAGGCUUACCAGGAGGCAUGCUGGGAGAUGGAGUUCUUACCUGUCGCGGAGAGCCUGAAGAAACGGCUGCAAAGAUAAACAAACCAGAACAAGACAUAAUCCAGACAUAAUUCAAAAAGUUGUUUUAUUUCAGUAAUUCAAUUCAAAAAGUGAAACUCAUAUUAUGUAGAUUCAUUAGACACAGACUGAUAUAUUUUCCAUCUUGAUGAUUAUGACUUAAACCCAAAGUUCAGUAUAUCAGAAAAUUAGAAUAUUGUGAAAAGAUUUUAUAUUGAGAGACUCAUGGUGUCAAACUCUAUGCAGCUAAUAGAGCUGAUAAAUGGUCUCUCAGACUGGUUCAGUAGGCUGGCUGUUUACAGAGUGCUGUAUCCCAGCACAUUAAUGGAAAGUUGAAUGGAUGGAAAAAAUGUGGUUAAAAAAAGGAGCACAAGCAACAGGAAAAACCGCACCCACAGGUGUGAAAUGAUUGUUAAAAGAAGCUAAUGUAAGAAUUUAGGGAAGAUUCACAAGGAGCGGACUGCAGCUAGAGUCAGUGCUUCAAGAGCCACCACACAUAGAAGUAUCCAGGACAACUGUCACAUUCCUUAUUCCUUAUCCUUCUCGAACCAGAGACACCGUCAGAGGCGUCUUACCUGGGCAAAGGACAAAAAGGACAGGACUGUUGCUGGCCAAUGUCCUCUUUGUUUGGAAAUCAAGGAGGAGAGGCACAAAAUCUAAGUUGCUUGAGGUCCAGUGUAAAGUUUGCACAGUCAGUGGUGGUUUGGGGAGCCAUGUCAUCUGCUUGUGUUGGUCCACUGUGUUCUAUCAGGUCCAAGGUCAGCACAGCCAUAUACCAGGAUGUUUUAGAGUACUUCAUACUUCAUGAUGUCGGCUGACCAGUUUUAUGGGAGAAGCAGUUUUUUAUUUUCCAGCAGGACUUGGCACCUGCCCAUACUGCCAAAAGUGGUCUCCCUGUGCUUGAUGGACCAGCAAACUCACCUGACCUAAACAUUAUAGAGAAUCUAUGGGUUAUUGUUAGGAGGAAGAUGCGAGACACCAGACCCAACAACGCAGAAGAGCUGAAGGCCGCUAUCAAAACAACCUGGGCUUCCACACCACCUCAGCAGUGCCACAGACUGAUCACCUCCAUGCCACGCCGCAUUGCUGCAGUAAUAAAGGCAGUCUCGACCAAGUAUUAAGCGCUACUUUUCAGUAGUUCAACAUUUUUUUGUUAAAAAUCUUUUUUUUUAUGGCUAAAUUGUUUUCUUGGUCUUCAGUAAUAUUAAAAAUUUCGGAGAUACUGAAUUUUGGCCUUUUAUUAGCUGUAAGUCGUAAUCAUUAAACUUGAAAUGUAUCAGUCUGUGUGUCAUGGAUUUACAUACGAGUUUUGCUUUUAGAAUUGACCUACUAAAAUAAAUCCCCUUUUCGAUAA